AAAUAGGCGCUAUAUACGUCGUUCUCUCCACUUCCCUCCACGUGUGCCUUCAAAAAUUCUGAGACAUUGCGGAGCGAAUGGAAAUUAUCUCGACAUUUGUCGACAAGCUGUCGGCCGGUCAACAGCUUUCGUAGCUGUCUUUAUUCGUCGGUUGCUUGUUCCACUCGUUGUCAAGGCUGGAAGGAAUAAAAGAGUUUUGUAAAAUGCCAGACAAAGUCGCACCGGCCGAGAGGCAAAUUCGUUCGAGUAAGGGGAAGGAGAUGCAGAGUGUCAAAUUGAAGAAGGAGUUGGGAUUGCUGGAUGGUGUUGCCAUUAUCGUGGGUGUUAUCGUCGGAUCGGGGAUUUUUGUGUCGCCCAAGGGGGUUUUGAAAAAUAGCGGCAGUGUCGGCCUCGCCAUCAUCGUCUGGGUUUUCUCCGGGGUAUUAUCACUCAUCGGAGCACUAUGUUAUGCAGAACUCGGUACAAUGAUACCGAAAUCCGGCGGGGAUUACGCCUACAUAAGUGAGGCAUUCGGUGGGUUACCGGCGUUUUUGUAUCUCUGGGUAGCGUUAUUCAUCCUAGUACCGACUGGGAAUGCAAUAACAGCAUUAACAUUUGCUCAGUAUAUAUUGCAGCCACUCUGGCCCGGCUGCGAACCGCCUCAUGAAGCUGUGAGACUACUCGCAGCAGUUGUGACGUGUUUAUUGACAGCGAUCAACUGCUACAAUGUCAAAUGGGCAACCAGGGUACAAGACGUAUUCACCGGGACAAAAAUAUUCGCACUGAUAAUCAUUAUAGGAACUGGAUGCUACUAUUUUUCCACGAACGAUUCAGUACCUUUUUCUCAGCCCAUGAAAGGGACUAAUACCGAACCAGGGUAUCUGGCUCUGGCUAUUUACUCGGGGCUUUUUUCGUAUUCUGGAUGGAAUUACUUAAAUUUUGUCACUGAAGAGCUGAAGGACCCCUACAGAAAUUUACGAAAUGCCAUUUGCAUCUCUCUGCCACUCAUCACCGUGAUUUACGUCUUGGUGAAUCUCGCCUACUUCGCUGUACUCUCUCGAGACGAUAUUUUGGCGUCGAAUGCAGUGGCAGUGACCUUCGGCGAUAAAUUACUCGGAGUUAUGUCUUGGAUAAUGCCAGUGUUCGUUGCCUGUUCGACAUUUGGUGCUUUGAACGGUGCAAUUUUUGCAUCGUCAAGAUUAUUCUUCGUUGGGGCUAGAAAUGGACACCUUCCAAAUGCUAUUGCGCUAAUAAACAUUCAAAACUUGACACCAAUGCCAUCGCUCAUAUUUCUUUGCAUUAUCACACUGGCGCUGCUGAUAAUAGAGGACGUCUAUGUGCUGAUAAAUUACGUGAGCUUCGUUGAGGCUCUCUUUACAACACUCUCAGUCUCUGGGUUACUGUGGAUGAGGCACACGAAACCUGAUCUUGAGAGGCCUAUCAGGGUAUCAACACCACUUCCAAUAGUCUUCUUGCUCAUCUGUCUAUUCCUCGUGGCAUGUCCGUGCUACGUAACUCCAUGGGAGGUAGGAAUUGGUAUGAUAAUAAUAAUUUGUGGGAUACCAGUAUACCUGAUAUUUAUCUGGUGGAGGAACAAACCGAAGUGGCUGAUAAACUCAUCUGAGAAAUUCAACACAUCAUGCGCAAAAUUAUUCAUGUGUGUCCCCGAAGAGAAGGACGACUAGUAGAGAAGAGAACAUUUUGUUGCAUGGUACAAAUUGCAAGUUCUCCCACUCGGUUGCUGGGUCAUCGACAAUGGGAAGUAUAUUUGGCCAUUGAUAAAACUCAAUUGUAAAUUGUAGUUGUGAAUCUCUGAUUGGGAACUGCUGGGGCCAAUUCAGUUCAUAGGUUGUUUAUAAUUAUAAGAAAUGCCGUUGUGCUCGAGAAAUCGUCGAGUAGACUUUGCAUCGUGGAAUGAUAACUACUUUUUACUCUGCAUUUGUGAUACUGAGAGUUCAAAAAUCUCGGAUUUCAAUUAAGAAUGCCUUCAUCCUCUCGGCUAGGGAGACACUGGGGGGAAAUUUUUGCUGAUCUUUGUAGAUGAAUUUGUACAAAAAGGUGGACGCAUAAUGUUUGACAUUCCAAAGCAUAUCGCAGACAAUAAUUUUUAUUCUUUUUAUAAUAUAUUAGGUGACACUGCUCUAGUAGUUAAGACUGUACGCAUAUUUGAGCAUUCCUCGCGGGAUGGUUUAUAAAUGAAUCUAAUAUAUUUAUUAAGUCGAUUUUUUUCUCGUUUUUUGGGACAUAAUUAUUUAUUUGGCACAUACAGUAUAAUACUUAUUUGUAAUACAUUAUGACUAGGUUUUUUUUCAUUUGAAGACGAAUCAUUGCACCAUUAUCGUUAUUUUCUCACACAAUGAGGCGAUUAUUUCGCGUUCAGCCCAUAUAUCUUUAAUUUAAAAUAAGCUUCUUUAUAUAAACAUUUUUGUAUUGUAGCUGGAAGCCAAUAUGAUAUGGAUUCUAGAAUUAUUUAUCAUUCAGUAGAUUGAAAAUUUACAUUUUUACUGCUAACGUAAUUGUAAUAACAGGGAAAGUGCCUUUCCAAAAAUUUGGACGAUAAAUCCUGGAAAAUUUAUAAUUACUGAUCACGCAUGUUACUCUAAUCAUCGUAUGUGAUACAAAGGAAUUUGGCAGCCAUAAAAAACUAGAACAACA